AUGCAAAACACGGCACUGCCAUCUUGGGUACCAGAUUGGCUGGCACAUGACAUCACAAGUGCUGCCGUCUUAUCCAUCAUCCGCAAGAAGCCCUUCAACGCCUCAAAGGGCAAACCACCUAUCAUCAAAAGCGACGAGGAUAUGAGAACAGGAGAGAAGGAAACGGCAACGAUUGAGAGUGCGGAGACUGUGAAUGGGCCUUCAACAAUUGGCGGCGCCAUGGGUAUUGCGCUGGAAGAAACCCUAUUCCAGUGGUUCCAGUGGUACAAUGACUCAGCGCGGACUCCUGCGCCCGAGUCUCUCGCCUUUUCGCGAGACAUUCUUGCCGAUGUGUCAAGCCUCCCUGCACAAGAAGUACGAGAUGCCCUGGUAAAGGCAUACUUUGACAACGUCCACCGUAGUUUCCCAAUCAUAUCACAAUCAGCAUUUAUGGAUUCAUACAGCAACCCCCAGAAUCCACCCCAUCUGCUACUCUUCCAAGCAUUGUUAUUUGCUGGCGCUCAUAGCUGUACGCACCCUUUGGUUGCCGAAGAUUGCCAUGCCGUGAAGAGUGUGCUAUUCCGCCGCGCGAGCAUGUUAUAUCACCUCCGUCGCGAGAACGACCGUGCCCAACUAAUCCAAGCUCCUUUCCUAUUCACAUGGCAUGUAAGCGAUGGAGAUACGGUAGCCUCUGGACCGUGGUAUUGGUCUGGUGUAGCAGCGCGCGUUGGGUGUGGCUUGGGUGCACAUCGGAAGAAGGAGGUUACAAACCUCCACCUACCAGGGGCCGUGUCAUCAGAUCUGGAUCCCAGACUCCAUCUCUUGAAUCGUAUGUUAGAGCUAGCGCUGAUUGGUGUUGACGUUUUAUCAGCCAAUGCCCCCCCGCGCACAGAGCCAGUCGACGUCGGCAAGAUCACUACCCGCCUUGCAGUUUGGGCCUUACAAGCAGGUCUUUCGACAGCAUCCACAGACCACGAUGAUUCAAUCUCAUGUCUGCUACGUAUACACUACAACCUCAUGCUGUCAUACUUCCACCGCACUCUUUCCACCAGUGCGAGCAGUCAAAAAAUAAGCAUAGUCUCUGCGCACGGCAUCUUGAUAUCAUUCAAGAAGCUUGCGACUAUGGGUUGCAUCGCACAAUGUGCCUUUACUGGCGUUGGAGCAGCCACCGCUGUCGGUUACCAGACGGUGAAUGACAUAUGUACAACCAUCGGAAAGGGUGGUCACUUGGUCGCGAUAGAGUCGAUCAAUCGCUUGAGUCGUCUGUCACGGCUGCUCGAAAGGAUGGCCGAAUACUGGCCAAAUGCCGAGAGCGUCCUCACUGUUUUCCAAAGGCUGCAUAAUGAAUGCACUUGGUGCAUCUCAUAA